AAACAGGAACUGAGGACCACUUCUACAGUAUUACGUGUUGAAUCUUGUUUAUGGAUUCAGAUAAUAACUUUACAAGAUCACAGAAGCUACUGGACUUGUCUCAACGAUUUCGUCAAUCGAAGUCUGUUUCCCCAAUUUCAGAUGACCCCUCAAUUGGUCAAUCCAACCAAUCCCAAAGAUCCAAAAACCCCAACCGUGCUGCAGUUCUGAUAUGCCUGUUCGAGGAAGGAGACGAUAUCAAUGUAAUUCUAACUCAACGAUCAUCGAAACUGUCAUCCUACUCUGGGCAAGUAUCUUUGCCAGGAGGUAGAACCGACGAAGAGGAUACAGAUGAUAUUCGAACCGCAUUGAGGGAGGCUGAGGAGGAAAUUGGAUUGAAUCCAGCCCUUGUAGAUGUUGUUACUGUUCUUGAACCUUUUGUAACCAAGGGAAAUGUUAGUGUGGUUCCGGUGAUUGGAAUAUUAUGGGAUAAACAAGCAUUCAAUCCAAUUCCAAAUACUGAAGAAGUAGAAUCAAUAUUCUAUGCUCCUUUGGAAAUGUUUCUCAAGAAUGAAAAUAGAGGAGAAAAAGAGUGGGAAUUAGGAGGACACAAAUACUUGCUUCACUAUUUCUAUCACAAAACAAACGACAGCAGGGUGUAUGAGAUAUGGGCUCUAACCGCCGGAAUCUUGAUAGCUGCCGCCUCCAUAGUUUUCCGGCGACCACCGGAAUUUCAACAAAGGAUGCCUAAAUUCUGGAACAGAAACCACAGCAAAUUUUAAUGUUAGUGGAAUCACACUCCAAAAAUGAAUAAACAUGUCAUUAGUUGAAUGUAAGUAUACAUUGAUCACACGACUAGAAUCAUUGUAUCCAAUGUAUUGAAACAUUCAAUGUCGUGAAGAUUAAGUUCCAACUUUGUGUAGUUACCAAAGAUUAAAUUGUAAGUUUAUUUGUAUCAAAUUAAACUUUUAUGUUUCGUAUA